UCAAGUUUAUUUAAUUCAGUUAAUUGUUGUUAUUUCCUUCGUAAUAUAUAUAUUUGGUAUUUGAUUCAAAUAUUCAGUUAACCUUGAUAGGUAUUACCAGUUGUUAUCACAGCACCAAUGGCUGAUAUAAUUAGUGAGUUGCCAGACGACAUUCUGCUUCACAUCCUCUCGUUUCUUCCUACUGAAGAUGUCAUUGCCACUAGUCUUGUUUCAAAAAGGUGGAGGCCACUUUGGCUUUCAGUCCCCACCCUCCUCCAUUUCGACCAGUAUAGAUACUUCAAACGACAUCCUGAGAAACAAAAGAGGUGGUAUUCCUUUGCUGAGUUCGUAUAUGCAGCCCUUCAUAAACGAGGUUCGUGCCAACCAAUCAAAGGGUUUCGCCUCCUCAUAUAUGAUAAUCUCCAUUCCUAUGAUGUGAAGCAGUGGUUGAACAAAGCAAUACAACAUGGAGUUGAGAACCUUGAAGUCAACUGUUAUCCUGGAUGCGAGUUACCUAGGAACUUCUUCAACUGCACAACACUCGUUGUUCUCAAGUUGGAUUGGCCAUAUUUUCAUAAUGGUUUUUCUUCUGUUUACCUUCCCUCUCUCAAAACCCUGCAUUUGAAUCCGCAUGGGAAUGGUCUUGCUUACUUUUCAAAGCCUCAAGAUUUUUUGGAGCUUCUUUAUGGAUGUCCAAUGCUUGAAAACCUGGUAGCAAAGAGUUUAAUAUUUUUGUAUUAUUGUUCAUUUGAGGGGAAACUUAAAAGUUUAUCCAAGCUGGUCAGAGCAGAGGUUUGUGACCUCCGACGUAACACAGAAGUAUUUGAUAUUCCUGUGAAAGUUUUGUCUAAUGCAAAGUUUCUGUGCUUAACCCAGUGCAAUGAAGACAUUCCUAUGUUUCCCAAUUUAGUUCAUUUGGAGCUCAUUCGUGUUGAACUUAAAUCGGUGCUGGAUAUACUCAAUUGCAGUCCUAACCUUCAAAUAUUUGUCCUUGAUUUCAAAUAUUCUUCUGGUGAGGAUUGGCCAAACCCAGAGUUUGUUCCGGAAUGUUUUUAUUUACAGCUCAAAAAGUGCGUUAUUGCAAAUUAUACAGGCAUGGCAAAUCAGAUGAGAUUUGUUAAGUAUGUUAUACAAAACUCAACAUCUUUAAGCUCCAUGACAAUAAGUUGCAGUAGUGAUGAUCAUCAGAAAAAGCUUCAAAUGCUAAUAGAAUUAGCCUCAUUAUGCCUAAGAAGCUCUGCAACCUGUCAACUUUUAUUUAAGUAAUGGAUAUGCCUGUUAUUAUUCCUAGAUGGUCGCCAUUGUAAUUAGUUGGUCCUUUUGAAGAACAUACUUUGUGUUUGGUUUUUAAAUUUUGGAUAUGUGGAAAUUUAACAGAAACUAAACUGAAAUAUGAAUAGAUUUUUAAAUUUGCUGUUGGAUGUGUAUCCUUU